CAGCCUUGACGAGGUUGCAGCCGUCUCCUCCUCCGAUGCCUCAUCCUCUUUGAUCCGUAAUUUUUCUUGCCCUUUCGUUCAAUUUCUUUCUCGAGAAAAUCUUGUGUGUUUAUUGUCGGAAUAUUUUACUGUGUCGGCCUCUCGUUUGAAAGGAUCAAAAGAGAAUAGAGUUGCCAGAAAGAAGAAAACAAAUACUGGAAAACAAAAACAAAAACACAGUGGACCCAGAAAGCGUGGGUGGACUAGACUCUCUCCGUUUUCAGAUUUAUAGGGUUUCUCUGCUCUUCGCGGCUGUUAGAGAUCACGGCCGUUGAAGUUCGAAGAGGGAGGAUCCAAUGACCUCGCAAGGGCAGACGAUGGAACCUGCUGUUGUCGAUGAUAUAAUCAGACGGCUCUUGGAAGUCCGAUCCGCCAGGCCGGGCAAGCAGGUCCAGCUCUCGGAGGCUGAGAUCAAGCAGCUCUGCGUUGCUUCGAGAGACAUCUUUGUCCAACAACCAAAUCUGCUCGAGCUUGAAGCCCCCAUUAAGAUCUGCGGUGACAUUCAUGGCCAGUAUAGUGAUCUCCUAAGGCUCUUCGAAUAUGGUGGCUUUCCUCCUCAGGCUAAUUAUCUAUUUUUAGGGGAUUAUGUGGAUCGUGGCAAGCAGAGUUUGGAGACAAUCUGUCUCUUGCUUGCAUAUAAAAUUAAAUAUCCAGAAAACUUUUUUCUUCUAAGGGGGAAUCAUGAAUGUGCUUCUAUUAAUCGGAUAUAUGGGUUCUACGAUGAAUGCAAGCGCCGGUUUAAUGUGAGACUCUGGAAAGCCUUUACAGACUGUUUCAAUUGCCUUCCUGUGGCGGCUCUUGUUGAUGACAAAAUAUUGUGCAUGCAUGGCGGCCUUUCCCCUGAUCUGACAAGCUUGGAUCAAAUUAGAAACCUACCCCGUCCAACUGCUAUUCCUGACACUGGAUUGCUUUGUGAUUUGCUCUGGUCAGAUCCUGGUAGGGAUGUUAAAGGAUGGGGAAUGAAUGAUAGGGGAGUUUCAUUCACGUUUGGCCCUGAUAAGGUGUCAGAAUUUUUAACUAAGCAUGAUUUGGACCUUAUUUGUCGUGCACAUCAGGUUGUGGAGGAUGGGUAUGAAUUCUUUGCCAACAGGCAACUGGUUACCAUAUUUUCAGCCCCCAAUUAUUGUGGUGAAUUUGAUAAUGCUGGUGCAAUGAUGAGUGUCGAUGAAAACUUAAUGUGUUCUUUCCAGAUUCUUAAGCCAGCAGAGAAAAAAGCUAAGUUCUUGAUGUCAUAAAAAACGUGAUGGCUCGAAAAUCAUUGCUUCCAAGUCCCUGUUUUUCCAAGGUCAGUUAAAUAUUAUUGCUUAGGUUUCUUAGUGUUUUGUUGUUAUUCCAUAUGUGCACAUUAAUCCAUCUAUCAAAAUGGAAAGUGUUAUUGUUUUUGUUGCCUUGUGUUGAUAACAUAGUAUUGAUGUAAUUCUAUUGGGCUUGGAAAAUAUGUGUAAAUGAUUUUAUUUCAGUUGUUUGCAUUUGAUUCCAUUAUGUUCUUUGCUUCUUUUAUCUCUAUUGAAAUCCAAUAAACAUUAGUUCCUUAUAGACAUAAUGUGGUAAAAGUGUUGUUGAUGCUUGUUAUCUUAGCAAUGAAAUGCAUAGAAACACUUUCUGUGCAUUUUCAGAAUGUUUAGUCUCAUCCUUUGAUGGGAUUAAUGUCAAUUUUUUUCAGAUAACACAUUAUUACAUCUGCAUGAGAGGAAUUUAAUUGUGUAUUUAGAAAAUUUUAAUGGAGAUUUACCUUUUGUCUGAAAGUGAAUUUAAUUGUACUGAUGAAUGAUUCAUGAGAGACUUUUUAUAUUAAGACGACUUGGCAAAUUAGAUGUAGCAUAGCAAGCUACUUGGUUGCUAGAGUAAUAAACUUUUUACUACUAUACUGGUUGAAUAUUUUUUGGAAAUAUGUUUCCCAGUUAACACCUCAUUUUGUUCUUAAAAUGUAUACAUUAACCAAUUUAAGGUCUAUGAUCCUAUUGUCCACUAGAGGGCAUUACGGGAUCAGGGCCCCUGACAUACUUCAUAUCCGGAAAUAUUAUUAUUUUAAUACAUGUAUGUAUACAUUGAUUGUUUUCUGCAGCAUCAUCUUCUUGAAUUUUGGAGGAAGAAAAGUUUCUCUUUGUAAAAAAAAAAAGGGCUGACACUCGAAUCAAUUGGUGCCCAUUUUUGCAAAUGUGUGUGUGUUAUUUUUUUUAUUAUUAUUAUUUUUUAAAAUAAAGGUCUGUGGAGCUUAUUCCUUGAGGUUCCACUUUUGUUCAUUUUGUGGAAAUUUUUAGUGGAAAAGUUUCUACAAAAUAUUGUUUAAAAUCAAAUAUCUUUCUUUCUAGUGCCUUCUCCUUUCUUUCAGCUCCUUCCCUCGUCUUAGUUGAGACAAAUGAAUAUGGUCAACCAAAUUUUCAGGUUUAGUCACCUGAUUAAUGAGAAUCCCCCCUUCCCUUUUGUGCUAAAGCAGAGUGAAAACAUGCAUUACUAAGUGUCCUGAUUGUAGGAUAGGCAAUAGUAGUGACAUUUGUUGGUGCAUUUAUAGGGAUUUAUUUUCAUGUGAAAAAGAUGCAAUAUCAUAACCAUUUUUAGUAUAAUGCUUGAAAUAUCUAGUGUUGCUAGGAUGUGGACCCACAUUGAUGAGGGGAUGGCAUCGCCAUUCUAUCUAUUUGUUGCAUUAGACUUCAUUUGGACUGGAUUUUGGACAAUGAAUGGACAUCUUAUUCUAUUUUUAUUUUUAGUUAUCAUUUUAUAUUAGGCUGAAUACUAAACUCUACAUUAGCAUAAGAAUUUGAAUUUGUGUCGAACUGUGACAGUUCCAUCAUGGUUUUAAAUAGCGGUAGUGGGUAGCGUAAUGUAACAGCAAUAAGUGUUGUAGAAAGUGGGUGUAGUAGCAUGAAAUGGGAGUAAUGGCUGCAAUUUUUUUUUUUCAGGUAUGCAUAACCUUAUUUACAUUGUUAUUUUUGCCACGUUUUAAGCCCUGAAAUGUAUUUUAGAUCCUUCAGCUCAGCUUACUUUAAUGGUUAGUAUGGGUAAUGCAUUUUUCAUUGGCUUUGAAAUGUUAGGAAUUAUAAUUUUUUUAUUUUUCAUGAAUCCUGUCUGUGAUAAAUAAAUGAACUAAACAAAAUACAUUAGCUUGUAUCAUGAUAUAUCAUUUAAUCUAUUAGGCACAUAAAAUAUACAGUAAAGCCAUAUUGUUUUAUUACUAAAGUAUUAAAAAUCUAUGAAUUUAGACCAAGAAGUUAAAUUGUAUGACCUAACCUUUAAGAUUACAAUAUUACAACACAAUAACAACCACCACGCCAUAAGUCCCACUAGGUGGGUCAGUUACAUGAAUCCUUUUCCAAAAAUUUUCACCAUCUUGGGCAAUAUCCUCUGACAAUAAGAUUACAAUUUUAUAAUCACAAAA